AUGGACAGUCAUUUCCUUGCUAAGCUAAUCAUAUCUUGUUCUAUGACACUCUCUAGUGAUUUCGGCUUUCCAGCCGCUAUGUCUUCUUGUUCUCCUCUUCUCUCUACAACUCUAGAUGAGAGAUACCAUCAUAAGUUUCCUAAUACUUUGUGGGUUUCAUCAGGACAAGAACUGAUGAAUAAUCCGGUACCUUGUCAAGUGAUUCCUCUGGUCUCUGGUGGUACUUCUUCUGGAUUCUGCAAUGGUGUGUAUGUUGAAAGGCAUGCCUCCCAGACACGUUCUUAUGUUCCUUCAGGAGAAGGGCAGAGACAGGAAUGCUCCGUGGAAACACAAUCCUUGCCAUUGGUCAAUCAACCUCAAGAGCAGAAAGAUAUGAGCUGCUGGUCUGAAGAGCAGAUGCAGCGUUUCUUUGAUUUCCCUGUUCCGGUUCCACAGGCAGAGAGCAGCAGAGCUAUGGUCUCUUCCGAGGAAUGGCCAGACUGGACAAAUCAGCUGAUCACUGUUGAUGAACCAAAUUGGUCGGAGCUUCUAGGUGACCCUAAUGUCUUCAAUCAAGAUUCAAAGAUACCAAUACUGUCUUCUAAUAUAGCGAAGCAAGAGAUAGUAGUCAAUAAUCAGCAUCAGGUUGAUCCGUCAAUGGAGCAGUUUAGUGCCAAAAGCUCACCUGCUAGUUCAGUGACAUCGAAGCAACGAAUGCGUUGGACACCAGAGCUUCAUGAAGCAUUUGUCGAAGCUAUCAAUCAACUUGGUGGUAGUGAACGAGCCACACCUAAGGCUGUUUUGAAGCUCAUCAAUAGCCCUGGUUUGACCAUUUAUCAUGUCAAAAGCCAUUUGCAGAAAUACAGAACGGCAAGGUAUAAACCGGAGAUUUCAGAAGGUACAGAAAAACAUCCAGAGAAGAAUUUGAAAACCAUUGAAGACAUCAAAUCUCUUGACUUGAAGACGAGCAUUGAAAUCACUGAAGCUCUACGUUUACAGAUGGUAGUUCAGAAACAGCUCCACGAGCAACUUGAGAUCCAAAGAUCAUUACAACUACAAAUUGAAGAACAAGGUCGGUGUCUUCAGGUAAUGAUUGAGAAACAACAGAAGUUGCAAGACAAGAAAAAAGGCUCCUCUUGCUCAACAUCAAUGCCAAAAGCUGACCAUUCAGCUUCAUCACCAGAACUUUCACAAGUUUUCCCUAAAGCAACCAAUUCAGAACUAUCAAUAAAUCAGAAAUUGCAGAGUGGUUUUAGCACAAUGGAUCAAAGUGGAUCUGCUUCUGGGACUACUAGGAAACGCAUUAGAGAAGAUUAG